CAGAAACACACGACCUCUGAAAAAUGGACCAAACUCUGUAUUUCAUUCUUCUUCUCAUUGCUCUCUGCUCUGUAUCUGAAUGUGUUCAGCGUCAGUAUCACUUUAUAAACGAGACGAAGACCUGGACUGAAGCUCAGAGAUACUGCAGAGAGAAAUACACAGAUCUGGCCACCGUUGACCACAUGACCGACAUGAACGAGCUGAACAAGAGUGUGAAUGACAGAAGUCUUCAGUAUGUCUGGAUUGGGCUGCAGAAGACGGGUCGUGAUGAAUGGCAGUGGUCUUCAGGUGAACCUGCGCUCUAUCUGAACUGGGCUACUGGACAACCAGAAGGCACAGAUUAUUGCGCUAUGAUGAGAAAUGGAGAAUGGCAUGAUAUUCCAUGUAAUUAUAACCGGCAUUUCAUCUGCAACAACAUGAAUCGUCAGUAUCACUUUAUAAACGAGACGAAGACCUGGACUGAAGCUCAGAGAUACUGCAGAGAGAAAUACACAGAUCUGGCCACCGUUGACCACAUGACCGACAUGAACGAGCUGAACAAGAGUGUGAAUGACAGAAGUCUUCAGUAUGUCUGGAUUGGGCUGCAGAAGACGGGUCGUGAUGAAUGGCAGUGGUCUUCAGGUGAACCUGCGCUCUAUCUGAACUGGGCUACUGGACAACCAGAAGGCACAGAUUAUUGCGCUAUGAUGAGAAAUGGAGAAUGGCAUGAUAUUCCAUCGAACACAGGACUCGUCUUUGUCAAUCAGCUGAAGAGUUGGAGAGACGCUCAGAGUUACUGCAGACAGAAUCACGCUGAUCUGGUCAGUGUGAGAAACCAGAAUGAGAGUCAACAGUCUGUAUCUGAAUGUGUUCAGCGUCAGUAUCACUUUAUAAACGAGACGAAGACCUGGACUGAAGCUCAGAGAUACUGCAGAGAGAAAUACACAGAUCUGGCCACCGUUGACCACAUGACCGACAUGAACGAGCUGAACAAGAGUGUGAAUGACAGAAGUCUUCAGUAUGUCUGGAUUGGGCUGCAGAAGACGGGUCGUGAUGAAUGGCAGUGGUCUUCAGGUGAACCUGCGCUCUAUCUGAACUGGGCUACUGGACAACCAGAAGGCACAGAUUAUUGCGCUAUGAUGAGAAAUGGAGAAUGGCAUGAUAUUCCAUGUAAUUAUAACCGGCAUUUCAUCUGCAACAACACGAACACAGGACUCGUCUUUGUCAAUCAGCUGAAGAGUUGGAGAGACGCUCAGAGUUACUGCAGACAGAAUCACGCUGAUCUGGUCAGUGUGAGAAACCAGAAUGAGAGUCAACAGGUUCAGAAGAUCAUCAGUGAUAAUAACUCAUCUGGAUCAUUUGUCUGGAUCGGUCUGUUCAGAGUCAGAGACUCGUGGCAGUGGUCAGAUCAGAGUGACUCCUCAUUCAGAUACUGGAAACCUGGUCAACUGGAUAAUUGGGGAGGUAGUGAAAAUUGUACACUGAUUGAAAUGAAACCUCAGGGACUAUGGUGUGAUGCCUCUUGCACCAACCAAUAUCCUUUUGUGUGUCAUGAAGACGCUGAACUGAUUGUGAUCAGAGAGAAUCUGACGUGGUCUGAAGCUCUGAGAUACUGCAGACAGAAUCACGUGGAUCUGGUCUCGGUUCAUUCAGAAGAGAUUCAGCGUUGUGUGAUGAACGUGGUUAAACGGGCGUCUACUGCGGCGGUGUGGUUGGGUUUACACAACUACUGCAGCAUGAACAUGUGGCUCUGGCUGAGUGGAGAGAUGGUGUGCUAUCAGAACUGGGCUCCAGGGAACGGGACGACACGGGAAAACUGCAGCCUCGAGAAGAGAAAAGGAGCAGUUCAGUCUGGAGGAGAUCAGCGCUGGAUCAGCCUUCCUGAAUCUCACAAACUCAACUUCAUCUGCAGCAGAUAUUAAGAGCGAGGAACACGCUAAUGUGUUUCCUUACAAUAGCAGUUUU